UAGCGAUCAUCGCCAUAUUGCGUUCAGUUAACACGGCUAUCGAGACGCGGACGCACCAUUUGUGUUAUUAAUUUCCAAAGUAUAAAUAUAAUAAUAAUAAAAAUGGGUUGUGGUGAAUUUUUGGUAAAAUACAUAUUGUUCUUCGCGAACCUAUUCUUUGCGCUAGCUGGUAUAGCGUUGAUAGGAUUGGGUGUCGCCGUCGAGCUGCAAGUGUCUGAGGUGACAGAAAUAUUUGAGGACUCGCAGAUAUUCCAGCUGACACCGAUCGGAGCCAUUGUCGUAGGAUGUAUCGUGUUCGUCGUUGCUUUCUUCGGGUGCUGCGGUGCCAUUAGAGAGAGUAAUUGCAUGCUCGUAACUUACGCUAUAUUUAUGAUAGUUCUUAUGAUCUUGAAAAUAACGCUGGCCACAUUGAUAUUUGUGAAACAAGACGAACUUUUGGAGGACAUCCCGCGCUGGUUGACGGAUGGAUUCUCCAGGGAUCCAGUAGCAUUCCAGAGCAUCGAAAGAUCGUUCAAGUGCUGCGGUCCUUUGGGCCCCGCCUCCUACCUCUCUCUCACACUGCCGCAGUCCUGCUGCGCCAGUACCCCUUGCACCGUCGCCAAUGCGUACGAUGGUUGCAAUUCAAUUGUCAAAGACUUCUUCCAGACCUUUGGCCUGGCCAUCGGGGUUGUAGCUAUCAUUGUCGUAGCUAUUGAGUUGAUCGCAGUUGUGUUCGGGCUUUGUCUCGCCAACCACGCCCGCAACAAGAGCAGGCGUACGCAUUACUGAGCCCAAAUACUUAAUACACAAUAUCGGUAGAUAAGUUUGGUCGUAUUAUUGUACCAUAUUAAAAAUCACAAUAUAAAAUUUCGUCUGCCGAUUUUUCUAUAUCUUAAUAACUUUUCAAAGUUCAAUGAAAUUAUUUCGUCAAAGUGGCUUUAAGCCGCAACGGGUAUUCGCAAUGACGCUUCGUACUACUCUUGGCUUGGAUGUAGUAGUUAUCGUAACAUCAUAAUAGCGGAUAGUAUCAACUGUUUAGAACAGUCAGACGACCUCUAACUAUAAAAAGUAAGUUAUUUUUGAGAAUUUAUAGUCAAAGAUAAAUAAGACUUUUCGUCAAGCUACGUAUUUUCUUUAUUAUAUAUAAUAAAAUAUCGCUAUCAUAAGCAUUUAUGUAUAAUAAGUAAGGAAUAAGUAUAUACCAUACUGUAUACCGGAAUAUUUAACAUAAAAAGAGCGCAAUUUAUGACAUAAUUAUUGAUGGUAUAUUGAGAUGGGUUAGAGAAAACGAAUACGUAUGUACUAAAUGUAACAGUAUUUUUCUUUAAAAUGUUAAUUAAAUGUAGUUAUUAUUGCGUCUGAAAUCAAAAUAUACCUAUAUAUUUACGAAUUAACUUUUUAUUUUACUGCUAAAUUAACCAUAGUGUCAUUCAAUUACAAAAAUCAGAAGUAAAAUAUUUUCAACUAUGGAGUUCUUGACCACAAUCAUGUUUUGACAAGAUUUCAAACACUUUAAGAUAUAAAGUCACUCAAUUUUAAUUUUAUUAUUAUCAUCUCAAUUUAUCAUCAAGUAGACACAUGUUGGAUGUUCAAAAUCACGUUUCGACUGAUGAAAGUUAAUUAAAAUUGAUGAUUUUUCGACUUUAAAUACUUAGUACUGGCAUUGUAUACAGUUCAUAUUUAGUGUAAGUUACCCAGAGGGCGCACGCAGACCUUAAGUAUAGUUAACAUAAGAGAUAUAUGUUUAUAAUAAAAAAUAAAAAACAA